AUUAGAUUUUAGUUUCAUCAUUGGCCACAUAGGAAAAGCGCUACAUAUGUUUGUUGGUUGGACAGUUUGUGUUGCCCUCAAAUGAUAUUUUGUGUUAUAAUAUAUUAGAAAGGCAAUAUUUGCUGAAGUCUCUUCAGAACACGUAGUAAAAUGGUUUUAUUGACUAUGAUUGCAAGGAUAGCAGACGGCUUGCCCUUAGCAGCGACUAUGCAGGAUGAUGAACAGUCGGGGAAAAACAUACUGGAGUACCAAAAUCAAGCUAAACUGCUAUUCCGUAAGCUUAAUACCUCAAGCCCGCCCCGUUGCAGUAUAGAAACAGGACCAUUUUUGUUUCACUACCUUAUCGAAAAUGAUGUGUGCUACCUUGUAUUAGCAGAAAAGAACUACUCAAAAAGACUUGCAUUUUCAUACCUUGAAGACAUAGCUCAAGAAUUCCACUCACAAUAUGGGAAGAAAGUGAAUACAGUAACAAGGCCCUACAGUUUUAUUGAAUUUGAUACUUACAUUCAGAAGGCCAAGAAAUUAUUCACAGAUUCACGAGCUCGUCGCAACCUUUCAUCUCUUAAUACAGAGUUACAAGAUGUGCAGAGGAUAAUGGUUCAUAAUAUUGAUGAUGUUUUGCAGAGAGGAGUUUUAUUAUCAGAACUGGACACUAAAGCCCAGAAUUUGUCAAUUUUGUCCCAGAAAUACAAGAAAGAUGCUACAUUCCUUAACACCAAGUCAAUGUACAUGAAAGCAGCAGUUGGUUGCAUUAUUCUUCUGGUGGUGUUUCUGUACUUCUGGGUUUUGUGAGUUGUGGCAUAAAGACUGCUUGGAAGGUGGCUGUGAAGACAGUGCAACACUGAGCAUUUUAUAUGUUAUUCUUAUAUUGUAAUUUGGUGAGUCCUCUUUCUGUUAUCAGCCUGAGCCAGUUUGCUCUUUUAGAGCAGCACCUGAUUUUCUUCAACAAGACAUACAUUUCAUUAUUUGGUAAGUGUA